UUCAAUCACCCGUGGAGUAAGUGUGGACUCCGCUGUCGUGCUCCUGGGACCUGGACAUACUUAAUACCAUUUAGCAUCAGCACUUAUUUCAUCCAAUUAUGCGAGCGUGGGACGCACAGGUAAAUGGAAGCUUUUAGUUCAGGAUUCGAGGCCACAGAUCGGUGUUGUCGUCGAAGGUCUGGUAGUUUAUUCAACCAAGUAAAACUCACACAGAUGGAUUCUCCGAGCCCUGACGCGCACCAGGUCCAUAAAGCAAAGCAAUCUGACGUGUUGUGAUACGUUAUUUGUCGCGUCUGCCAGCAACAGCUCAAACUAUAGUUCUCAAUACUAGUGGUUUCUGCACGUUCCAGCGGCAGACUCAAUGUUUUGCAGCCUCAAACUUCGACUCUCAGACAUACUGCGCGUAUUUGGGCCUAGUGCUUUCGUCAUUAGCAUCGUUUUGAACAUCUUCACCAUCCUGCGCUUGCAACACACUUACAUCGGUGAUGAUCAUCCGAUCGAAUUACCGCUCGACUUGGAGAUCGUCGCAUUGACGUUUGAAGACUCAAAGUAUUACAGCACAUCGGGGCUCACGGCCUGGUCGGAGUGGAAUUUGCUCGAUCAUUUCCCAGAAGGCCACGGAUUUGUGCGUCUGGGACCAAAUGGGCGACUGUUUGGUGUCUCGAUGUUUCACCAGAUUCAUUGUCUACAAAUGAUCCGGCUAGCCCUUAUUAACGGGCCCAAUGACCAUAUCUACACCAAUGGAUCGACGGCAGGCUCAGACGGUUUGGGUGUGACGCAUAUAUGCCGAGAUUGGUCACAGCUUUAUGCAUACAUUGAGGAGAACCAGAGGAGCUCUGUGUGGGCAGAGCACAAGACAGAGAUGCAAUUAUAACGGGAAGUCAAGUGGGAGGAUCUGAUCUCGCACCAAGGAAUGGGGUCGGCUCGGUAAAUACUUACU